CAACGGCUUCAAAACAUAAAUAAACCACCACAUAUAUUAACCAAACAUAUACAUAUAUAUACAGCGGUUGACUCACGUGAAUAUCAACCCUUGACAAUUCUUGAAAUUAACAAGGUUCAAUAUUUACACAUGUAUAUAUAUAUAUAUAUAAUCUUCAGCAAAAUCCCAUAUAUUAAUUUCUCACUCUGAUCGCCCUAACAGCCAUGGACGCUGCUUUGAGGAAUAUAGAAGACAAACUGAAGAGACUUUCAACCGAACAAGCUCUUAUCCUAUUCCUCUUCGCCGCGGCCAGCGUCCUCGGACUCUGCGUGGCCAUGACGACAACACUGUUAAAGCGGUUAAAGUUUCGAAAAGCGCCACCGGCGCCGGCGCCGGAGCCGGCUCGCGGCUGGGCAGCGGUUGUAAAGAGGGUGCUGGUGAGUUCGGUGAGGUGGAGUGGGCCGAGAAAGUGGCCGGGGGAGGCGGCCAGCGUAGGGAGCUGGGGUGAGAAUUCGCCGCUGCCGCUGCUAGAGAAGAGGAGGAUGAUGAGUAGGAAUCUGUCAUUUGAUCACGACGACGAUGAUGAUGGUGGUGAUGAGUAUGGGGUUGGGGUUGGGUGGAAGAGCCUUAACCCUCAUUCGCCGGUGUGGCAGAGACCGAUUCUGAUGGGAGAGAAGUGUGAGCUUCCCAGGUUCAGUGGGGUUAUUCUCUACGAUGAAAAUGGUCGGUUGCUUUGUGACAAUGCUCGCAAACAACAUUCAUGCAACCUCGCUCUAACUCAGGUUGUUGCGUGUUGUGUGCAGGAAAAAAGAGGUGCUGUGGUGAGGACAACACUCAGAGAUUUGCUGUGAAUUUGUGUGUGAGAAGACACAGCUAGGCCUAGGCAUAGGCAUAGGCAUAGGAAUGUGGGGUGGGGAUUCAAUAGUGGAAUGUUGGUAAAGUUUUCUUCUGCAUUAAAGUCCCCAUCGUUGUACACAUAAUACAUAUAUAUAGCUAUAACGUUUUUCCAUUAAUUGGCUAUGCCCAUUGCCCACUGUUUUUUUUUUAAACUGGCUAUGGCCACAAAUUGGUGCAACUGAUAAUGAAUACGACACGUUUAAAAAUACAAAUAAAUAACAGACCACCUCACCCAGUAAUCUAAUAAUACUGACAAAUUCAUUAAGGCCACGAUCAUU